AUGCCCAGUCCGUCCAAGAAGAGAAAGCUCGACAAUGGCUCCAAGUCGUCUGCUCCUCCUGCCAAGGGUCUCGAAUACUUCUUCAACAGACAGAAACAGGUGUCGUCUACCCGGACAGAUACCCGAGAUGACUCGGAGUUGACAGAUGAGGAGCUGGCUCGGAAACUUCAGGAUGAGUGGAACAACCAAGACUCUGGGAGCUCGGGAAGCAAACACAUACAAGAAAAGAGUGAAGGCGGACAACAGAGCAGAGUAUCUACUCCGUCACAAGGGUCUCCGUCAAAAUACUCUCAAGAAUUCAUUUAUCAGGAUGCAAAUGUAGAAUCGCCAUCUACAGCACCGGAUAUCGUGGCAAUGCCUGAGAGCCCCAAAAAGACCCUGACCCUGCAGUCAGCUGGCAUGUCAGAGGAUUUCGUAACCUCGACCGUCCCCUUGGACCAAUCACCUCUGACGUUUGUCCCCUCAGAUUAUUUGUCGCAGCUGCAAGAGCUCUGGGCUUCUGAGGGGGGAGACGCGACAUAUUCGCUUCUGACAAGUUGCUUCAUGCUUGUAAGCAGGACGACCAGCCGCAUCAAGAUCGUAGAUACCCUUGUCAAUUGUCUAAGACUUCUGAUUGAGGGUGACCCAUCGAGUUUGCUUCCAGCUGUAUGGCUGGCGACAAAUUCAAUAUCCCCGCCCUACAUCUCCCUUGAGCUGGGUUUGGGAGGCUCUGCCAUCUCUAAAGCCCUGAAGCAAGUCUGUGGCCUGGACAACAGGUCCCUCAAGGCUAUCUACGGCAAGUACGGUGAUGCUGGAGACGUGGCAUUUGAAGCCAAGAAGAAGCAGAGCUUCACGCUGAGAAGACCGAAGCCCCUCACCAUCAAGGGCGUGUACGCGAGCCUUGUCAAGAUCGCCAACAGCCAGGGCCAGCGCAGUGCCGAGGUUAAGCAGCGGCUCGUGGACAGGCUGUUGCAGGAUGCGAGGGGAGGAGAGGAGAGUCGCUUCAUUGUCCGGACUCUUUGUCAGCAUCUUCGUAUCGGUGCCGUCAAGACAACUAUGCUGAUUGCCUUGUCGAGGGCUUUUCUGCUAUCACGACCCCCCGGGUCUGGUUCCGUCCUGCGUUCUUGUUCCGACCUGUCUAGACUGAAGAAGGAGGAGUUGGCCGAGAUAUGGGCCAGGUCCGAGGAAAUCGUUAAGGCCUGUUUCGCCCGACGGCCCAACUACAACGACCUGGUCCCGGUGCUUCUUGAGAUUGGCGUCACUGACGAGCUCCUGCUCCGGUGUGACCUGACGUUGCAUGUCCCACUGCGGCCUAUGCUGGGCAGCAUAACGAGGGACCUGGCUGAGAUGCUCACGAAACUGCAGGGUCGGGAUUUUGCGUGCGAGUACAAGUACGACGGACAGAGGGCACAGAUCCACUGCGACAUCGACGGGAAGGUGUCGAUAUUCUCACGGCACCUUGAGCUCAUGACGGACAAGUACCCUGACCUGGUGGAGCUGGUCCCCCGGAUCAGAGGCGACGGCGUCGACAGCUUUAUCAUGGAGGGAGAGGUCGUCGCCGUAGACCGGGACACGGGAGAGCUGAGAAACUUUCAGACCCUGUCUAACCGUGCCAGGAAGGAUGUUGCAAUCGACAGCAUUGCGGUGGACGUGUGCCUUUUUUCGUUUGAUCUCAUGUUCUUGAAUGGCCAGCCACUGCUGGACCGCCCCUUUCGAGAGAGAAGAGAGCUUCUCCGGUCGUUGUUCAUCGAGAUACCACACCAUUUCACGUGGGUUAAGAGCAUGGAUGCGACCUCGGGGGAUUCCGAGGCUGUGCUGGAGUUUUUCAAGUCGGCUACUGAUGCUAAAUGCGAGGGUAUCAUGGUUAAGAUUCUGGAUAACUUGACGUCCGCUCCAGAUGAUCAAGGUGUUUUUAUAAAAGGGAAGGAGGAAAGAGAAGAAGGAGAAAAAGAGAAAGAAAAGAAAAGAGAACCAACCAUCCAUGGAAAGGCCCCCGGAGAGAAAAAAUCGCGCAGAAAAGCUCUUCUGGCCACGUACGAACCCGACAAGCGUGUCGAUGCCUGGCUCAAGGUCAAGAAGGACUACCACUCAAGUUUCGACACGCUAGACAUGAUUCCCAUUGCCGCGUGGCACGGCAACGGACGGAAGGCCAAAUGGUGGUCACCGAUCCUCAUGGCCGUGCGGAACGAGGAGACGGGGUCGCUAGAAGCAGUGUGCAAGUGCAUGUCUGGAUUUACCGACGCCUUUUACAAGGCCAACCGGGCGUUUUAUAAUAUGGCCUCUGAAGGAAACGACAACAACAAUGACGAGCAAGACGAAGGUGAAGAUGAAGAUGGAGAUCAAGCAGGGGGGAAGUCACGAAACAUUCGGACACAAAAACCCAGCUUUGUUGACUAUUCUGGCCCGGAACCCGAUGUGUGGUUUGAGCCGCAGGAGGUGUGGGAGAUGGCCUUUGCCGACAUCACACUCAGCCCAACGUAUACGGCGGCGAUUGGACUGGUCAGUGGUGAGAGAGGUCUCAGUUUGCGAUUUCCGCGAUUCAUGAAGAAGAGAGAGGACAAGAGUAUCGAGGAGGCCAGCACGAACGAGUUUCUGGCAGGUUUGUGGCGGAAGCAAGAGGCCAAGGCGGUAGUGAAUCAAGAGGCUGAUGGAGCUGGAGACGAGGGCGACGAAGAAUAG